AUGCACUUGCCUUUUUCGCAGAUUUCGCCCGCUUCUCCGGACGAAAAAAUCAAGCAAGCGCGCACACCUAUAUAUGGCGAUACAAUAACGCAACGUCGCGAGCGGCUGUAUUCUCUUCCUCUGACGCUUAGGAAGGUAGCAGGUAGUGCACUCGGACAUCUUGAAACUCAAUCAUCCUUGGCCUAUGUCAGCUGCGGAUCCCUCGCAGGUUCCAUACUCGACGCUAUGCACUGCAGACCAUUUCUUCCACAUGAGCACUGCCAGCCUGCACGAGGACAAGUGCCAACUGAUCUUGACAUUGUGUGCGCGCUGAGAUUCAAAGACGGAGGCAUUGUUGCGCCAUGA